AUGGUGGGGGGAGGAAUGCAAGGGAGACUGCAGAGGCGGCAAACGCUGAACGGGACGGAGACCGGCAGGUGUGGGGUGGGUACCACAGACGGACAGGAGACACCCUGUGCACCAGAGGAAGAGAACGAUGGCGACGGACUGAUGACCACCUCGCGUGUCGGCGUUCUUGCGAGAGAGAAGCUGCCAUGUGCAGGCACUGUUCCAGAUCAAAGUGUCUCCGCCCUCCUGGCCUCGCGAUGGGAAGGGGACAGGACCGGAGAGGCCCCUGGUAGGCCUCGAGGUUGCUCGGCCUCCUUCGACGGAACGGAAGCGGACACGUCGACACACCAAGGUGAACUCCAGGAACACGAGCACAUGUUUCUCGCUUCCGCGCGUUCCAUCGACUGCACGGCUCCGCCAGAGCUUCCCUUCGCUUCCGUUUCGCGAGCACGAGAUAAAGAAUCCUCUUCUCCGCCGCGUUCUUCGCCUUCUCCCGUGUCUCCUUCGGCGAGUCGGUCUUCUCUGCCUGCACGGCCUGGAUUGGCCUUCGCUCCGAUCGCCACAACCGUCGCGGGGACGCGCGUCGGGCCUCUAACGGAUCUGUGCGUGGAGGCGGUGCAUUUUGAGCUCUGUCGAGGCAACGGCGAGUUCUACCUCGAGUACUGCUUUCGCCUGAACCACGCGCACUCCGCGUCUUUGCGCAGUUCCCGGGGGCCCCGCGAGGCGCCCAGCAGCUCCAGAGCGCAGCUUGAGCGAGACAGCCGAGUUCGUGGACGUCCCGAUCCGUCGUGGUUGUCUCCACACUGGCGUCCAUGGCGCCGUUCGACGCCUGCGCUCUCGCAGGAGACGGCGGCACCCCACAGUCCUUCAGGGCCUUCUCUGUCUCCGUCGCCCGUGUGUCCUGGGGCUUCCGCGUCUCCUGCGCGGGAGACUCCCUGUCUCUCGCCAUCGGAUCCGUGCGCAAUCUUUCACCAGGAGUUGGAACUGGCCGUGAUGUUGCCCUCCACCGACGGCGCAGAAGCUGGUACGGCAGCAGGAAGCAGUGCGGCGGAGAGUGGCGAGAACGCCCCCAGAGGUGCGGGUCGCCACGAGUCUCUGGCUGCAGACAGCUUGGCGUCUCCACACCGGAGCAAACUGCCGUUUCCUCCAGUCGCCAGAAGGCUGGCAACGCAUAGACUCCCUGGCGCGACGGCUGAAAGCCGAACUGCGAAGGCGCCCCAAGACGAAGACGCGGAAGGAGACACCCAAAAGCCGAGAAACGACACACAGAGCCAGACUGCGCCCGGUGUGGGGUGGGAAGCGUGUGGCGACGGAGACAGGCCCGCAGCCCAUGGAGGCGCCCCCGGUCGAAAGAACACGGGCCAGAGACAGAACGAGGAAGAAGGUCCGAGAGAAGAGGGAGUCUCCUGUUUUUCUGGCACGGGGGUGAAGCGCUUGGAUACGACGGCGGGCAGGGAGGGAGAAGGCGAAAAGGAUCCUGGACGAGUGGACGCGGGUGACUGUGGCUUUCCACGUGGUGAGAGCACGAGAGUGCACCCUCCGCCUCUUGUAGUACGGCGGCGCUACAGAGCAUUCGCGGCUCUCCAUGAAUACUUGAGUUCUAUCUAUCCCCGGGUUCCGCCUCUUCCUCCGAAACUCCCUCUCCUGCCUCUUCUCACCCCUCACCUUCAGUGGGGCGCUCCGCCCGGGAGCUCCCGGACGGGGCCUCCGUGCUCUGGAACCAGAGAACACGUCCCCCCCGCCAGACCACCCGAGCCGUCGCUGGAGAGACGUUUCCAUUCUUCGUCUUCUUCGUCUUCCUCUUUGUCUUCGUCUUCUUCUUUGUCUUCUUCUCUUUCUUCUCUUUCUUCUCUUCCACUGUUUUCCUUGUUCCCCCCUCCAGCGACGGCGCCGCCGCAGAGACGAUGGAGCACAAGCAGCAGUCGGUUGGCCUUUCAGUUGGUUCAGCAGAGGCAGCUCCAGCUCGCGAAGUAUGUCUCCGCGCUUUUGAAGCGUCCCGAUAUCAUGGGCGAUCCGCAAGUCCUGGCGUUUUUCGGUCUCAUUCUGCCUCAUCAAACGGAGACACCUUCGCGCAGCCACGGCACAUUCUGUCCUGUCUGCGCUUCGCGCCUUGUCUCUUUGCACCCUCUGCGGCCCAUGCUGCUUGCCCAGUUCCGCGACGGGGCGCGACGCGCGACGUGUGGGGUCCUUGCCAGGCUGUCCCCUUUUCGCCGGUUCCCAGGGGACAGUGACAGAAUUUUGACAAGCAGGAUCUUCGGCGCGCGCGGUGAGGAGAGAGGCCAUGGGGAAGCCGAAGGGAGCCGUGACGGUUUCUCUCUGUGUCGAGAAGAAGCGAACGGAAAUAGAGAAUUUUCUGUGCCAGCGUUUCUGUUCGUUUUCCUUUUGCACCGAACGGCGCCUUCUUUCUUCGCGCGAGUUCUCAGCGGCCUUCAGCGCCAGACCUCCACGACGCUCUCUCCCUUGCGGCUGCAAGAGCAACUGAUGGGCGCGACCGCGGUCGGAGACAUCCGCUGGGCCUGUGGAGACAGGGAGAGACAGUCUGCGAAUGCAGCUGGAAAGAAACUGCUCUUCAGAGCGUCCGAUGCCCGUCUCUUCAAACGUUCUUCGCUGGUGAGCGCCACCUUCAGUCCCUCCCUGUUUCCUGGGAAUCAGUUCCCGCUGGGUCUCUCGCCCGCUCUCCCUUCUCUCUCUUCUCCGCGCGACACAGGAGACCAGGGAAGCGGAGACUCCCGGCAGGGGCUCGGCCGCUGGGUGGAGCCGGACGAAGAGAGCAGCAGCGAAGGAACGAGCGUCUCCAGUGAGCUGGAUGUUAAAGACGUCGCGAGCUUUGCCGCCGGGUGUACACGUCAGGGAGAGAGGUGCGAACGCCUUGUCGAUCAGCCCUUGUCUCCGAGGCCGGGCGCUAGCAAGGCCGAUCGUGGGAAGCACGCGACGCAGCCGUGGAGCGAGAACGCCUGCUUGGCGCCUACACCACCCUCUGUGAUGUCGGACAGAGGCGGCUCAAAAGACUGCGCCGUUGGCGAGGAGACAAGCAACCUGUGCAUGCAGCAUGGACCCGCGACGUCUCCAGCUUCUUCACGCUUCCCGCCUGUGUCUUCCCCUCUCUCGACUUCCUUUUCUUCACCGGCUGCUGGCGACGACUCUAGGGGCACGCGGUCAUCGCGAUCCCCCAUGCUUACCAGUUCGACUUCAAACGCCGCGGCGUCUCCCUGGUCGCUUCUCUAUCCUAAACAGCAGAGUCUUCUUCGUGAGUUUCACGAGUUCCGGCAGGAACGUGCAGGCUACCUUCCUGGGCGAGCGUCUUGCUGUUUCUUUUCUUCUUCUUUGCAUCUCCUCUUUAUCGGGCUCUCCAAUGGCGACAUUACGUGCGGAGCAGUUUUCCCUCCCGCGUCUCUCUCGUCUGAGGAUUCGUCUUCUCUCUCGUCCCUUUCUCUCCCCUCGUCGUCUUCUGCAAGUCCGGCCUUUGGCGAGUCGGCAGCAGCUGCUCACCCAAUGGAGCAACGCCGGCGGCGAUCGCUCGCUUCUGAGCAACAGGGACGGAGUCCGCAAGAAGCGCCCGAAGUCCGGAGGGAGCAGAGGGCAGCGACUUGCGGAGGAGCCUGGAGCCGCGGCGGCCGGUCCUCUUCAAGGGCGUCGCUCUCGGCCUCGAGCAUCCCUUUCCGAAUUCUCCCGUCGGCGAGCUUUCCACAGCCGCUCCACCGAAGCCACGAAGACGUGGAGGGGAAGCGGGGCGCCUGGGCCCGCUCGCGCCGCCGCACAGCUGUCUCCUCUGUCUCCGCCUCGGUCUCAGGCGGCGCAAGAGCCCCGGUGGAAGCGGCAAACUGUCCCCCUUGCCAAUUUGUCCAGAGACACCCUGGGGACAAUCCGGGCAGGACCGGAGCAAGCCACGCAGGCAGCGACGAUGGACUCUGCGGAUCGCCUCGAUUCGCUCACCUGUUGCGGUCCAGCACGACAAGUGAAUGUGGAAAGAGAGCUAGUGAAGCUAGUGACUGGCGAGGAGAAACGCACUGCACCCAGAACGAGAGAGCGCUAGAGUCGAACGCAGCUGUGCAUGCGCUUGGAAAGAGGCAACUAGCGGACUCUGCGUCUUCCAAGACUCAACCUCUCGCUCGAGGCCCCGGGGCCGGUCCGGCUCUCCCUGCGUUCCAGUCACACAGAGGAAGUGUGACUGUUCUGUUGACUGUUGAGGUGCCUGUACCCGAAAAGGUGGACGCGACCGUGACGCUGUUAGUGUCCGCAGCUCGCGACCGUCAGGUGUACGUACACUCGGCGUCAACGGGUCGGCUGCUUCUUCGCCAAGAAAUCGCAGCGGAUGGCGCGCCGCAUGUCGGGAGUGCAGAUGAGGCUCUUCGGCUCCUCUUUUUCGGGUGCGAUGACGGAAGCAUAUGUGUCUACCGUCUCGGUCUGCUCUGCUCGCCGAGCCGUUCUGCGACUCUAGGAGGUUCACGAGUUCCUGCCUCUUCCUCUCCUUCCUGUUCUGAUCCUGCCGCCUCGACGACCCCGCGCACGGGCCCCGACAGCCGAGCUCGUUCUAUGCCGUCCGCCGCGGUCUCUGGUAAUUCUGCUCGACAGCGACAGGGAGAGGCGCGGCUGCGGGAGGACGCCGAGGAGGCUUUCAGUGUGCGGCUGGUUGUUGCGGCUGUCGCCAGGGGGACUUUCGCGGGAUCCACGGCAAGGGGGAAGCCCGACACUCCGUCUGUGCCGGAAAUGGGCGAAAGUCGAAGUGUGGACGCUUCAGGGGAAUUCCGAUUCACAAGUCAGGAGAGGACUGGUCUUUCCCCGCUUUCUGGUCUCUACGGCCUUCCGUCGCUAGAGGCCCAAGCGGCAGCCCACCAAGCGUUCACGUUUUGUCGAAAAAUCGAGGCCAUGUGUCUCGCGCCAGAGAGGCAGUUGCUCUUCACAGCGGCGAGCGAGGGAUGGAUUCACGUAUGGAGAUAUCAUUUGGAUCCUUCCUCUGGAGGAUCCGCCCGUACCCUGUCACGGUGCGUCACUCCACGUGACGGUGCCGAUGAACGAACGCCGCGCACUUCGCUCUCGCCUGUUCGUCUCUCCCCUGCUGCGUGCGCCUCUCGCCUCUCGUCUUCGCUUCCGUCUCCUUCUCAGUCCAGUCGCCCGCGCUGUCUUCAGGCUUGGGGUUUCGUGGAGCUUCCACAGCGUUCUUCAGCGCCGACUGGAGGAGAGCCUAGAGCCCCUGAGCGCGAUGUCUUCUCGAGGCCCGUGGAGCCCAACGAGCGAGGCGGUACCGAAGGUCCACAGGCGCAGACGAUAUCCGCGCAUCGCCAGCAGAGCGACGGAGAGAACUCUCAAGGCGAUGCGUCACGGCCGCCGAUUGGAUGGCCCUCCCAGCGUGUGCUGUGUGACGGAACUUCAAUUCGACUAGAACUUUUGGGGCGUCUCGAGUGCAUUGCCGCGGGGAGCAAGGUAGGCGCCUUGGCCUGGUGGGUCACAGGGAGUGUCCUCGCCGUGGCGAGCUCGGAAAAGAAGCGAAGCCUGCUGCGUCCCCGCUUGUCGCGCGGCAUUGGCCACGGAGAAGCGAGAAAUCAGGGAAAGGGUGGAUUGAUUUCUUUCGUCGCAUUAGGUGGAGCCCCACCUCGGAGAAACGCGCAGAGCAGCCGAGGGCGCGCCGCGCUCUCCUCCCUGUGGAGACACCCCCGCUUGGCCGAUCGAGCGGAGACACUGUUGAGAGAGGGACAAGGAGACUCUGGGGUGGGAGAGAGGGGAGCGGGCGACUGGGGGACCCGAAGGACAGAGAGGAUGGGACUGUUAGGGCGCAGAGACGGGAGCGGAGUCCUAGCGAGGGAUGAGGGGUUCUACGGAGGAAUGGUGUGCAUAUGGCGAGCUCAUGCGGAGAGCAUUGUGGGUCUGUGGAUGCUGGACGAAGAAGAACUGAUGAUGAGCGUUGACAAAUCUGGGGUCAUCAAGCUCUGGCUUCUGCCGCCAGUCCGUUAG